AUGAUUAUCUGCCACAGGAGCGUAUUCGGCAGCGAAUCAAUCAGCGAUAUGACAUGGCCAAUCAAUAUUACUGUACACUCCUCCACGCACCUGAGAGCAGGGAAAUCGGGAAAGGGCAGGAAGCUAUCACUAUGA